GAAUAUAAGCAGGGGCUGAAGAUUUUCACCGGUGUUAGGGGGGUUCAAAGCCCCUGCUCGCCCCCUGGUUCUGCCGUUGGGUAUGGAUGAAGAAAGCCAUGGAGCUUGAGCAACUAUGUGUUGUGAUGAAGCAGCAGCAGCUGGAGGAGGCUCAAGAAAAGGAAAGUGUGCCGCAGGACAUGCAGCUGAGGAGGACCAACAAGAAAUGUGUUAAGUUUCAGGACAUCUGGGUCGAAGUACACUCGUGCUCGGGGGUGUAUUUGAAGAUAUAACUAAGAUUCAUCCCAUGGGUUACGCAAAUGAUCCGGUGCCCCAGUAAGUGUAUAAUCACGGCCCACCAGACACAUUGCAGAUCUUUUCAAUCAAAGUGGGACCGGCACGCAAUUUAGGAGGAAUGGAUGGACUGCGUUGGCCAUUGCAUGUGUUCGAUCUCAUCGCUCUACGGGACUCAAUAGACCAGCAUCGGAAUGUUAUCUUCAACCGCACACGCGAUGAUUACCAAAUCAUCACAAAACAUGAUCCAUAUUUGGUAGUGACGGGUUCUACACGUGCUGCUGUGACGAAUGAGGAUACAAUCCCUAUGACCAAAGAGGCCGCUCUAAAAGUGAAGAGCAUUGAUGGGUCUCUAAAUAAGCACUUGAUUUUUGAAGCUGGGGCACUACCAUCUGAUGAACGGGCCUGUUACGAUAAUAAUGGUAACAAUAAUGGUAACGUGGACCUAUCUCGUUUUGUCGUCUCCGUUGAAUCAUCUGGAGAUUUGGUUGUUUCUUACAAGGCAUGGAGAGGUGAUGAAACAAUGCAAGACGAUGUGUUGUUCAAGGCUGAGAAGAAAGGUAAAAGUUAUGCAACUCUUACAUUUGGUUCUUGCAUUUUGGAAGUCCUUGUUGCUUGGUCGCCUAUUCGGCCGGUGUGUGAGGAGUUGGUGAGUAUUUCAGAGAUGGUGUAUGCUAAGUGAUAGCUAGCGUGCGGUAUACUAAGUGAUAG